ACGGGUAGUCGCUCGUGCUUGCUCGCCUGCUCUUGCUGCUGUUCCCUGCGCGCGUGGCUACGGUGCGAGGGGAGACGGCGACCGAAGAACCAGUCGGCUCGGCGCGCCCUGGCCGACGGUGCGUGUGUGUUGGUGGUGGUUGCUGCUUCGGCGAUGGCAGCCUACGCGUCGUGACUCCCAGCGCGCGCGCGCCUGUGACAGCCCCUCGAGGAAUACGCGUGCAUUGACACUGCCGGAGGAUUGCACUCGUGUGCGUCGGUGCGUGUUUUGGCAAGUGCGCACUCCGCCGACACCUACGACACCAUGCAUCAAGUCAAGGACGGUGGACUGUUCUCCCGGUGGCACCUCUUCACAGUUCUGGCCGUGCUGCUGGCGGCGCGGUCGAGCAGGAGCACGCCCCUGGAACCCGAAGGGCGGGACGUAGUCGAGGGUGAGAGCCUGCGGCUCUCGUGCCACUUCAACCCGGCGCUGGCGAGCCGCAACCUGCUCUACUACUGGUUCCGCACCAACCGGCAUGGCAAGGACAACGCGGCCAUCAGCGGUAGCGCGCUGGACUCGCAUUACAGCGUCGAGUACUACCCGGCCGAGGGCCGCUACGACCUGCUCAUCUCGCGCGCCCAGUACGACAAGGACAACGGCCACUUCGAGUGCAAGCUCAAGGAAGGCGGCAGCGGCGCCGACGUGCACAACGCUGCGUACGAGGUGACCGUGCUCAUCGCGCCGGGCGAGCCGCGCAUCACGCCGUCGAGCCCGACGGCGCGUGAGGCCGAGCCCCUGGCGCUGACGUGCGCGAGCGAGGGUGGCAGCCCGGACCCCGAUGUCGAGUGGUUCCGCGGCGACGAACGGCUGCCAUCGGCGCUGACCCGGGGCGGCGCCCGGGACCGGCCGACGGCCGCGGUGCUGACGCUGACUCCCGGACGCGAGGACGACGGCGCCGAGUUCCGCUGCCGCGUCACCAACCGCGCCAUGCCGCAGGGAAGCGCCUACGAGGCGCGCACCACCAUCCGCGUCCACUAUGCACCCAAGAUCACGGUUGGCCCUUACAACCCAUUGAACGUCAUGGUGGGCUCUGAUGCCACGUUGACUUGCUCUGUGCUGGCCAAUCCUCCUGUGCGGUCUGUGCGGUGGAUGAAGCGAGGCCAGCUGCUGUCAAAUACGUACAAUCACACAAUUCCAUCUGUGACUCCUGAAGACAGUGGUGACUAUGCCUGUGUCGCUGACAAUGGAAUCCUGCAACCUUCACAAGCAGAGUUGCAUCUUAGUGUGCUGUAUGGACCCCGCGUGAAUGUGCUACCGGAGCAGGAAGCUGCACAAGGAGAAAACGUGGCCAUCAAGUGUAAUGUUGCCUCUAACCCCGAACCACACUCCAUCUUGUGGACCAAGCAAGGAGAUGGCCAGUUCGCACUCCAGGGAGACACACUACGUUUGGACCGAGUCACUGCUGAGGACGCCGGCACCUACAUAUGCCAGGCCACGGUCAUCAUGCGACCUUCUGCUACUGCCAUCCAUACAGAGGUGGUCGGCAACGACUCGGUUGUGUUGCACGUGCGACACAAACCUGGAGAGGCAGAGAUCACUCCUCAGGGCCCCACAGCUGUGGCCGGCCGCCCUUUUGUGCUAACGUGUGGUGCCCGCCCUCCCGGCUGGCCACGUCCGGAGUACCGCUGGUGGCGUGAGGGACAGGAGCACAUUGACCUCGGCCACCGGUCCAACCACAGCUUCCUCUCAGUGCAUAGCAGCCAUGAGGGACGGUACUUUUGCCAGCCACACAAUGCACUGGGAAAGGGAUCCAUUGCGUCAGUCUACUUGGCAGUCAAUGAAGCGGCUACUAUUGUGGUGCCUCUGAGGCCCCAAAUCAUCCGCAAAGCGGGAGACCAGAGCCAGUCAGUCACUUGCCGUGCCCGUGGAAAGCCCAAGCCGCAAGUGCAUUGGACUCACCGAGACAAGGAACUACAGAUGAGCCCCGAGUCUGGCUUUGAAAUCAAGACUAUCGAGAACAUUGAGGACAAUGAGGUCUUCUCAGUUCAAAGCACACUGACAUUUCAGCGACCUCUCACCCCCGAAGACCGAGGAAAAUAUGCCUGCCUAUUCGACAAUGGCUUUGGUGCUGCUGCCAAAUCAGAGAUGAUGCUUAGGAUUGAACACCCUCCUCAAGUGAGGCACACCUACAAUCGAGUAGCCUUCGACCCCGGCGACAUGGCUGUGCUGCGUUGCCAGAUGCAGGCCUACCCCGAGCCAACUUUUGAAUGGGUCUUCAAGGGUCGCAUCCUCGAACGCUACGCCAACUAUGCCACUAACGUGACUGAUGAUGGAGAUGACCUCUACACCGGUGCCUUGUCAGUGGCAGACGUCAAAGAAAGUGACUACGGCGACUACACCUGCCGUGCCUGGAACCAGGUCGGGGAUGUUCAGCGAACAAUACUCAAGCUCGUCAAGAAGAGUGCACCUGACCAACCGGGACGUCUUGUGGCUGUGAGCAGCGAUUCUGACAAGGUCACAUUGCAGUGGACUGAAGGGUUCAAUGGUGGUUUCAGCAACACAGAAUUUGUCGUCACUUACUCCAAUGUUGCCAGUGGACAGACAAAGAAUGAGUCCUGCCGAUCUCACAACCCUUGCACUAUAACUGGUUUGGAGCCCAAGUCAGAGUAUGUAAUGAAGGUUGUGGCUGUUAAUGCAAGGGGAUUCAGCUCAUACUCUGAAGAGAUUACAGUGCAAACAAAGGUUAACCUCAAGGACAUGCCGCGACCAAUGUCUGCCCAAUACGACCAAGAGACGGGCCGCGUGUACUUCACCGUCGAACUCAACACAGAGCGGCUUUUGGCGAGGGUCGAAGGUCGCGCCCGUGGCCAGGAGCAGUGGAUGCCCCUGGCUGAGGUGGAAGUAGACCGUCCCCAGAUUUCUCUGGAAGUUGCCAAUGCCGCCGCCCUCGUGGACAUCCGUGUGCUGCUCUGCCUUCAGAGCAAUGCUUCAUGGUGUGGAGAUGAGCGUCUGGCUGAACCAUUUGACGAGUUUUCCAUGACUACGGAGGGCAGUCUACAUCCAGUGGGUGCCCCUGUGACCAUAAAGACCAUGAAUGUUGUUAUCAUCGUUGCUGUGGCUGCGGGACUGUUCUUCCUCCUUGUGGUUGUGUUUGUGUGCUGCUGCUGGAAGAGAAAAGCCAGCAAAGUAAACAAGAAGGAUUAUGAAUCAGAAGUCCAAAAUGCGAGACCAAAGGUUAUCAGCGGACCUUAUUAUCAUGAAGAUGCGGGCAAGGGGCUGGACACCAAUGUUGACGACAUGAGCAAGCACACCAUCUAUGCUGGCAGCAUUGGUAGCUCCCCACACAUGACCAAUGGACAUGCUGGAAACCAGAUAACGUCCAAUGGUAUGCUUUACGGAUCAGCAGACAUGUUGGAUGGAGUGCACAGUGGCAAUGGUAGUGAUGGUGCCGGCGAUCUCUGGGUAAAGGGAGGCCAGGGAGAGAUGUCUACUCCUCCGGAAACAUCGUACCAGCCCUACGAUGCCCGCAUGCCAUCUGGGUACUACUACCCAGAUGAUUACCAAGGCCUUAACGAGGACGUCAUGAACCUCAAGAACAGGGAACAUUUGCACUCCCCCUACUAUGACGUUAGCGGACUUCCAGAUCCCUAUGCCACCAUGGGCGACGAAGACAAGAACCCACAGAUCUCAUUGUCCUUUGAUGAAAGCCUCGAAUCCGGCUACUCCACUCCGAACUCUAGGAACCGACGCAUUGUGCGGGAAAUAAUCGUGUGAGCAUCCACGCAACUUGGAGGAUUGUUCUGUUGCAUUUGAACAGCUGUGGACACACAGGAGUGCCUGCAGAGUUGGCUGUGUGGCUGUUAGCAUCUGACAGACUCUGACCACAAUGUGCCUGGAAAACAAUACAGUGUGUGUGCGUGUGUGUGUGUGCAUGUUGCUGCACGAUGAAAGAAACUGGCCGUCGGCAGCAGGUGUGCUUCGAGAGUCAAAGCAGAAAGAAUGGAGCCAACUGUGCUGAGGCAACCUAGUGGUGUUAGCGUCUUCAGUACAUCUAGAAACCAGCUCCUAAGGAUCAGCCUUCAAGCUUCAACGCCUCCAAGUGUGCAGUGCUAGCAACGGAAACACAAGUGCAAGAACAAUCGGCGGCGGCUCGUGAUGGGCUUUGCCCACUCGCAGCAAGUUCGCAAUUGUUGAGUUUGAGAGAGCGGCCACAUCUAGCGUCUUCGAUGAAUGUAGAAAUCGGCCCGUGAGAAUCAUACUUCAACACUUCAAAUGUGUAGCGCUAGGGACAGAAACACAAGUGCAAGAACAUUUGGCGGCAACUCGUGAUGGGCUUUGCCCAUUCACAGCAUGUUCGCAAUUGUUGAGUCUGACAGAACAGCCACAUCUGUGCUGUCGCGAACCCAUUUUUGGCACAAGUGGCAAUGUGCACCGCACAGUGGCUGCAAGAAACUGAUGUUAAAGCUCUGGCAGUGCCUCUUUUGCUCCUUGUGUUUUUGCUCAAAGUGAGUGUUAUUCGUGCCUUGGGUGUCAAUUUUGUUUUCUAGUUGCUUGCUCUUCAUUGACAGGUUUUUAUUAUGAUAUUUAGGGUGCUGCAUUAGGAGAGAUAUGCCACCACAGUGCUUGUGUAAGACAUUUUUAUGGGGGCCAAACUUCUUGCCACUUGGCUCUUGUUGGCUUGUGCUGGAUGCUUUUUUUUAAACUAAGGUAGAAAGAUUGUUACUACACUCAUGCUCAGUGGAAGCACGCGAAACUCUUGAGUAGCUCAAGCUGUUAACAUUUUUUAUUGUAACUUGAAAGUAAUCACUGAAGGGCCAUGAUCUGGCAUCAUCUUGCUUACUCUAGCCAUCUUCAUUCUGCAGUUGUUUUCUAACCGAUACAGCAAAAACAUAUUUACCCAUUGUUUGCUAUUGUAAAAAGAAGUGAGCCUGAUGUUAAGGCUGCUACUUCAUUAUACUUGCCGAACUGCUCCACGAACGAUUGUUUACAGUAGUAUUAAAGCUUUAAGUGGUGCUCACUUGCUUGCUACUGGAACGCUUUUGUCUGUUGUGUUCAUGUUCAUUCAUAGCAGGCAAGCAGUUGGAAUCUUGCUUCAUCUGGUUCAUUUAUUCGGUCAUCAUCAGAGGACUAAUACCAGCAUCAGUUUUCAAGUCUUUCGAAGUGUGCCACAUGGCUAGAUUGCUUACAUUUAUUAAAAAAUCAUGAGUAACAGAAUGGCGUGUGUGCAGUGUACAGGUUGGGCUGUCAUUUAUUGUCAUUCUCGACCACGGCACACUGUCUACGCAUGAUGUCAUCUUGCCUAUGAAACCAACUAGCUUUAAUUAUGAGGGUCUAAUUAGCAAUAAAUAGUUUUCAGUAGUUGCACCUUCACCAGCUGCAUCAUUUGGUAAGCAAUGUGGUCUUAACUUACUAACUACUCAAAUUUAAGUGAUAAAUUACUGAUGACAGAGGCGACUGUUUUCACUGCAAAUGACAUUAGUCUCUAGUACUAAAUGGUGUGCCAAGUUGGACUUGGUUAGUUUUCUUCUCUGAGAUGAAAAUGUUAGGUGAUAAAAAUCUGUGCUUGCCAUCACAAGUACCCUUCUGCAUGAAAUAACGCCACAUUCUGCCUUAUUCAAACAGCUGCUCCUUUAUCAUAAGCAUUGCAUCGCAAUUCGCAGUACCAUAAUGACUACGCAGGCAUAUUGAGCUCAUAGUGGUUGGUACAAGUUAAUUACCUGUUGCAGAGGACUGCAGCAAAACUCCAGGGGAAAAGAUCUCAAAGUGCACAUGAUUGUCUAGUGCACAAGGUUCUAAGUGAAUUUUUAUGAACUUGCCAGACUUGCCUAUAAAUCUUGCCCAACACCUUGUUUUGCACAAGAAAGAUCCUUCGUACUGCACAUGACAAAACAUGCCUGCUCAUGCUGUCUCUGUUACUGACAUAAAAUUGCAUCAUUAGUAUAUAAAAUGUUUAUACCUUGUUCUGUGGCCCUUCUAGGUACCUAAUUUAUCAGUGUGUUCUUGUUAUUUCCUCACAAUAUUGAUUGAAAACAUGCACUAGAAAUGGUAAACUACUUAACAUCCUGUUGCAAUUAAGACUGUGUUCAUUUCAAUUUGUUCCUUUUGAUGGCCUGUCUUCAAUAACGUUGAGUCACAUAUAGGUACUACUGGUCACAAUAUGGACAGCACCAAGGUAACAGUGACAGUCUUGUUCAUCUCAUUCUAAUGUGGGCUUUAUUUCAAAGCUGUUGCAUGUUCAACAAAUGCUGUCAGAGUAUUUCAGUACUCAUCUAAUAUUGGUGUACAGAGCUUCAGCAGUACACCUAGUACUGUUACGAUGUUUCAUGCUCUGAUGCUGUUGCAAUGUGGUAAUGCUCAUUUUCUCUGGUGCUAUUCGGUUUCUUGGUAGUGUUCAAAUCCUUGUCAGCUGUACAUCACGAUGGCACUAGCCAUUUGAAAGGCUCUGCUAUUGCUUCGACCUUUUCUUUUUCUGUGUGUACUUUUGUACAUAAUCAUUCUUUUUUUAUUAUUAAUAAUAUUUUUUGGGGUCGUUUUAACCAACUCGAGGGGGGAGCGUCGCUGUUUUUAUGUGUGUCAACGUUUACAUUUUUUAUCUUUACUCUUGUCUCUCAUCAUUGCCCGUGUGUAAGGUACAAAAUGGGUAUAUUGGGGAGCGUUUCAGAAGAAAAGCACUUCCUGAAAAAAAAGUGCAAAGCCAUGUAUUUUCGUGAUCAUCUGCCCCACCCACAGACCAUGAUGAACUACUUAAACAGAACCAGUACCGUUCAUUGUAAAAAGGACAUAAUGAGACUUUGAGAAAUGGUGAUAUAAUUAUAUCCACCUGUUUUACUUUAUAGACGGCUUACAUAGUGAGGCAUGUUCCCUUUGUCCCUCCCUGCCUUAUACAAUUUGCACAGUUAUACUUUAUUUGCUAGGCGUUCUCUGGGCAUACAUUUAGAAAUUUGAGAAAGCUUUCAUGAACAUUUGUGAAAAUCUAUGUCACGAGUACACUGAAAGAAUUCAGUUUAUGCCCCUGCAUGGUGUUGCAUUGGUUUUAUUCUUGCCAAUUAGUGCCAAAUAUCGGCAGUAAUGAACACUUUUUGCCAUGUGAUUUAUGCAGAAAGAUAUUGUGUUAAGGUCUAUCUUAAAGCAUAGAUUAUAGCACUUUCACAGUGAAUGAUACACCUAACUUGUUCAUGGUGUACUUCUGAAAGGCUUGCAGUAAUUCUCUAGAUACUCAGACAUUUGAUUGAAAUUUAGAAUAUAUUGACUUGUGAAGCCAUAAAAAAUCUUGAAAAAGCUCAUAUUUUGAGUUUUCAAGCUCGCAGUACAGAUACUCUUUCAUAUACAUGUGGCAGCAGGACAACUAAAGUAAGUUUUCACUCUUUUCAACCAUUAUCUUUCAUGUAUAAUUUUGUAAUGUAAUGCAUUUCUUGCCACCAAAUGAGGUGCACGAACUUGUUGCUUCCAAACCCGAAUGUGGGGACUCUGCAGUGCCUUAUAAUAUUUAAGCUGUGCAUCUCUUCCCGUUUUUGUGAAUGCAUGGACAAGCGGAGCAGUCUGUACUAGAGUGCCUUUGUUCCUCGCCGCAGUUGUGAAGUUUCCACAACACAAUGUAUUUCACUGUAAAUAAACAUGUCAUGCUUUGUGAAGCUCAA